UCUUUACUUUCACUUCAUCUAGCAAUUAACAAGCCCAUCUAGCAAUUUACAAGCCAUGUUUAAAUCAUACUUCCUAGCAUUCUUCCUUGGGCUGUUGGUUCUCGCAUCUCCGGCGGCCACCUAUGGUGGGGUCGCAUCUGGUAAGGAGAGGCACAUAGACCAUUUAGCCGAGGAAAUAUCCAAGAAAAACGCCGUGAAUCCAGAUGAGCAACCACAUAAGCCAGCAGGUUGUCCACCAGGAGCAACCUCUAUCAAUGCAGCGAAGGAAGUACCCAAGUCCAAGCAAGCAGGUUGUCCGCCAGAAGCAUCCUCUAUGAAUGCAGCGAAGGAAGAACCUAAGUCCAAGCAAGCAGGUUGUCCACCGGCAGUAACCACCGUGAAUCGAGCAGAGCAACUAGCUAAGCCAACAGGUUGUCCACCGGCAGUAACCACCAUGAAUCGAGAAGAGCAAGUAGCUAAGCCAACAGGAUGUCGACCAGGAGCAACCUCUAUGAAUGCAGUGGAGGAAGAACCUAAGUCCAAGCCAGCAGGUUGUCCACCAGGAAAAACCACCGUGAAUGCUAUGGUGGAAGGGCGUAAGAUGAAGUGUGGGAACUCGGGUUCAAUACCAACAGGGACAAGUAAUUGAUGAUUUUUGAUUUUUUGUCAACAAUGUAGUUUUCUAAAAGUCGGAAUUCAUGGAAAACUUGUAUUGUUGCAAUCUUAUGUUGAAUGAAAUCUUACCAUGAAAAUG